AUGUUAUAUCCAGCGGAAGAUAAAGAAAAUAGGUUAUUGCUUUAUGCGUGCAGGAACUGCGACCACAAACAGUUAUCCGAAAAUCCGUGCAUUUAUGUUAACAAACUUAUGCAUGAAGUCGAUGAAUUAACUCAAAUCGUUUCUGAUGUUGUGCACGAUCCAACUUUGCCGAAGACAGAAGAUCAUCCUUGUCCAGUUUGUAAAGGACGCUUUGCGGUAUUUUUCCAAGCACAGUCAAGAAGGGCAGAACCGAAAGCUUUAACCCAAGUUUUGGGUCAAGUCAAUAGCGGUGAAACGAAAGGUGCGCUGUUAUUCAAUCAUGAAGGACUACUGCUGGCAUAUAGCGGGUACGACAGAAUUGAUGGGAAAUCUCUUAAUAGUACAAAUGCGACGAUAUCGGCUGCACUUUUAUCAAAUAUAUGGGAAACUUUUGAGCGUCAAGGCAUAUUUUUAAUUCAUGAAUCAAACUAUAUUAUUUCUCAUCGUACUCGCGAACACCUUCGAGAAAUGUUACUGGAAUGUGAAGAUGGUGUUAUCAUCGUUACGCAAGUGGCCAGAAUGUUGCUUGCACUGAAAGGAUCGAAAAAUGUUCCACUUGGUUUAUUAAAAGCAAAAUUAAACGCGCUUGCCAAUUACUUGCUCACACCGCUUACAGUCGUUUCAAACAAAGAAUAA